AACAUAAAUAAUAAAUAAAGUAGGAACAAAAGCACCUCCCAUAAGGCCCCAUAUAUAUCAUGUCCCCUCAAUUACACUCUAAUUUUAUUUUCAAACAUUUUCUCUCUCUCACUUUCUCUCUCUAGAAAAAAAACCAUGAAUUCUUCUACUUCUGCAACAAUCGGCCUGAUGUCAAAGGAAUCCGCGGCCGAUCAAGGCUCCGGCAGCAACCAUCCGCCGGCGCCGCCGCUGAGCCGCUACGAGUCGCAGAAGAGAAGGGACUGGAACACUUUCGGGCAGUACCUGAAAAACCAGAGGCCGCCGGUUUCGCUGCCGCAGUGCAACUGCAACCACGUCCUCGAAUUUCUCCGAUACCUAGACCAGUUCGGGAAGACUAAGGUUCACGUGCAUGGGUGCGUGUUCUUCGGCCAGCCGGCGCCGCCGGCGCCGUGCACCUGCCCGCUGAGGCAGGCUUGGGGCAGCCUCGACGCUCUGAUCGGGCGGCUCAGGGCCGCGUACGAGGAGCACGGCGGAUCGCCCGAGACGAACCCGUUCGGAAACGGGUCGAUUCGGGUUUAUCUCCGUGAAGUGAAGGACUGUCAGGCUAAGGCGAGAGGGAUUCCGUACAAGAAGAAGAAGAAGAGGAAAAUCAACCACCCGAUCAAAACCCAUCAACAAGAUGAACUCAUCAAGAAUAAUUCUAAGCAACCUGCAGUUUGACUACAGAUGAAGAUCAGAAAAAAGGGAAAUUAUAAAUGGAUUAAAGCACUUAGCAAGCUGUACUGGCUGGAUCAAGAAGGAUUAAUACUACAACAAAUUCAAUCAUCAGGGGCUUGAGUUUUCCCUCAGUGUAGGAAUAUAUAUAUAUACAUAUAUACUAUAUAUAUAGUAGCAAAUUAAAGACUAGGUUUUCAAUAACAGACAAUAUACCAUAUUAGUUGAGCUUGAUGCAAAACUGCUAGAGGAGCUUCUUUGUACCUUAAAGAUGUAGUUUUUAGUUAUAUCAUAUAUGUAUUAUGGUAUUU